CGCUCACAACGGCUAUUGUGUUUUUUUUUUUUUAUCAACAAGGAGAGCACCGUGGCCCUACGGGUAACCGAGCAGGACAACUGAACGACAAGGAACGGCAGCGCCAUGGCGGACGAACAAGAAAUAAUGUGCAAAUUAGAGAAUAUCUUGGAAGUACGGAACAAGACUGUCCAGAUGCAGAAGAUCAAGUCUCGUCUUAAGGUUGAGUUUGAGGCUCUGGAGUCUGAGGAGAAGCAUCUGAAAGAGUAUAAACAAGAGAUGGAUCUGCUUCUACAAGAGAAAAUGGCACAUGUGGAGGAGCUGAGGCUCAUCCAUGCUGAUAUAAAUGUGAUGGAGAGCACCAUCAAACAGUCGGAGAAUGACCUGAAUAAGCUGCUAGAAACAACUCGCCGCCUGCAUGAUGAGUACAAACCUCUGAAGGAGCAUGUUGAUGCUCUCAGGAUGACUUUAGGUCUACACAGACUCCCUAACCUGAAUGAAGAAGAGGAGAAGCUCUCGCUGGAUUACUUUGAGAAGCAAAAAGCGGAGUGGCAGAAGGAGCCACAUGAGCCUGCCAUCCCAGAAUCCCUGGCUGCCGCUGCAGCUGCGGCACAACAGCUUCAGGUGUCCAGGAAGCAAGAUGCACGCCAGACGGCCACCUUCAGACAGCAACCCCCACCCAUGAAGGCUUGCUUGUCCUGCCACCAGCAGAUUCAUCGUAAUGCUCCCAUCUGCCCAUUGUGCAAGGCCAAGAGCCGCUCCCGCAACCCAAAGAAGCCCAAGAGGAAGCCAGAUGAGUAGAUCCUACUCUACCUUCAGCUUCAGUAAGGUUUAAAGGGACCUGGUCCAAUACACUGAUCUAAGACCAGCCAUGUAUGGCAAAAUAUACGGCUAAAACCACAGAUCUGUGCUUCCGGACAAUUUCCACAAACAGUCCCCACUUUAACAAAUUGUCUUAGUACCUUUUUCAUAAACUGUCAACAAUUGAUCGAAGAUCUGGUAAUGUUAUUCUGUUGUUUGUUUUUAUCAGUGCUUUGGAUGUGUUUAUAUGUAACUGUAUGACUUCUAUAGUAGGUUUACUAGCCCCUAACCAUGUAAUUGCAAUAAUGCAAAAAAGGAACUUGGUAAAAUGUCCAAAUAAUUCUGUCUAUGUUGCUAUUGUUUAUUGCCUUAGAUAUUGUACUGUACUUUUUAUUUUUUUAUUUUGCAAUGCAUGCGUGCUUCCAUGGCUGUCUGUUGUGUAUUUUUUGUGCAAAUAUAAAAAUCGAAUAGGUUUAAUUGCUAAGUUAAGUUAAACACAAUGUUGUUUUUAAUGUUAACAGUGUUCAAGUGACCACAAACUGGAGAGAAAAAAGGGCCACACUCAUUUGCUCUUGAAUAGUGUUGUGUGUUUAACUUUAAUACAAUAAGAAAAUAAAUGGCUGUUUUGUAA